UGGCUCAUUUAGCUGGGAGCCGUGGAACAGCGCUGGGUGGCACAGCUGGCUGGAUUCCAGUUUGAAGUCUGUUAUCGGCCAGGUGGGAUUAAUGGGAAUGCGGAUGCCCUCUCCCGAUGGCCGGUGGGAGCGGUGUCGAGAGAGGGGGAAGAUGAAGAGGACGGUAUCCUACCGGAAGGUGGUGGAAGUAGAGUGGCUCCCGCAGUAGUGCAGGCAUGUUUGCAAGCAUUUGUUACAGCCCCGCCAGACAGCCAGUUACCAGUGAGGGUGUUAAUGCCCAGAUGGAGACCGAGGGACUGGGAGCAGGGAUGGUGGAGGAGUGGAUGGCAGCCCAAAGAGGGGAUACAGCAAUGGCACGAGUGUGGCUAUAUGUGGACAGAGGAAAAGAACCUACCCCGAGAGAAAGGGUGUCUGAAGAUGGACAGGUCCGCACACUACUGCGUCAGUGGGGUCGACUUUGUGUUCACCAAGGACUACUUUGUAGGGAGGUGGUGGACCCCAAGACAAGGGAGGAGGUCAAACAGAUUUUGGUGCCCUCCUCUUUGCGGAAGCGAGUGAUGGCGUGGGUGCAUGAUGGAGCGGGCCAUUUGGCUGUGGAGAAGGUGGGUGUGAUGGAGUGGGUGCAUGAUGGAGCGGGCCAUUUGGCUGCGGAGAAGGUGGGUGUGAUGGAGUGGGUGCAUGAUGGAGCGGGCCAUUUGGCUGCGGAGAAGGUGGGUGUGAUGGAGUGGGUGCAUGAUGGAGCGGGCCAUUUGGCUGCGGAGAAGGUGGGUGUGAUGGAGUGGGUGCAUGAUGGAGCGGGCCAUUUGGCUGUGGAGAAGGUGGGUGUGAUGGAGUGGGUGCAUGAUGGAGCGGGCCAUUUGGCUGUGGAGAAGGUGGGUGUGAUGGAGUGGGUGCAUGAUGGAGCGGGCCAUUUGGCUGCGGAGAAGGUGGGUGUGAUGGAGUGGGUGCAUGAUGGAGCGGGCCAUUUGGCUGCGGAGAAGGUGGGUGUGAUGGAGUGGGUGCAUGAUGGAGCGGGCCAUUUGGCUGCGGAGAAGGUGGGUGUGAUGGAGUGGGUGCAUGAUGGAGCGGGCCAUUUGGCUGUGGAGAAGGUGGGUGUGAUGGAGUGGGUGCAUGAUGGAGCGGGCCAUUUGGCUGUGGAGAAGGUGGGUGGAGUCGCAUGGAGACGAUUUAUUUGGCCAGGGAUGUACAAGCAAUUGAAGGAGUAUUGCCAAAAGUGCGAACGGUGUGGCUUAAGGAAGACGCCAACCGCUAAAGUAUGUGCCCCGUUGGUCCCAAUUAAAUCAAUGUAUCCCCUUCAGAUGGUGUCGGUGGACUUUCUGAGCCUGGAGGCAUCAAGAAGUGGAAUGUGCUGGUCAUAGUGGACCAUUUUACACGGUAUGCGGUCGCAGUGGCCACUCUGGACCAGACGGCGGUGAUAACGGCACAGGCCUUAUGGACCCAUUUUAU